UACAGUUCUUCAAUUUUCUCUCAACUCUCUCUUUCUGAAGCAAACACAAUGGAGGACAAUGUAAAAGAUCAAUCUUCUAACUCUGAGAAAACGGCGACGUCAUCCUCGAAACUUCGGUAUCCUCUGCGUUCAGCAACCAAAUCCAAGGAGGAGAAACCACCAGUUGCCGAAUUCUCACACUCUUCUGCCCCAAAGAGGGGAAGGCCUGCAUCUAGUGUAAGUAAGAGCACGGCUGUUCUUGAUCACUCUAGUGAGGACAAAUCUGCCAAGCCUCCUAGAAGGCUUACUAUUCCUUGUAAAUCAAAUGUUGGCUCUGCUUCAAGAACAGUUGGCAGUGUUACUCCCAUUUCUGAAACCAGAGCAAAGAGGUCUGUUAAUAGUCGAGGGAAGAGUGACACGCCAGUUUCUGAUGCUUCUAAAUCUUUAAACACGAAGAAAUUUAAUGUUAUUUCCUCAGCAUCUUACUGGCUUUCACAGAUUAAGCUCUCUGAAACUGCUGCUAAACACUCAAUUUCCCUUGGUUUCUUCAAACUUGCUUUAGAGGCUGGAUGUGAGCCUAUUCAGAGAAUGAGGGAUGAGCUGAAAUCUUAUGCACAGCGAUAUAACUUUGUCGAACUUGGAGAACCUGCAAAAGAAUUAUUUGAAAGCUACAACAUUUUAGAGAACUUCGAGCAGUUGCAGGUCUCUGAAACUUGUUCCCAAGUGCUUCAAGAGGAAACUAGAACAUCUGAUGAUGAUGUACACAGCUCUUCUUCUAUUACAGAAAUUAGGAAACUGGAGCCUAAGCCCUUAAACACUGAUGCUGUUCAAGUUUCCCCAGUAAUAGAAUCAACCAAGAAGGAAAUUCCCCAAAAGAAUAAUUCUGGAAUGAGGACUAAUGGAUCCUCUAAAAAGAAGUCUGCAACCUUAAGAUCUGUUUCUGAAACUUCAGGGAGUAGUGUACCAAAAAAAUCCUUGAAACCAAUCGAGUGGCAAUCUAAUAAAGACAAUGAUAAGAUAAAGAAGCAGGGAAAGAAAUCUGCUAGUGGAGAAGGUCAAGCCAACCCUUUUCCCGUGGAGGAAACGCACAAGGAAAGCAAAGAAAACAUGGAUGCUCCCCAGAUGGAAGAGAUCAUGUGACUGAAGUUUACUUUAGACACAUCCUAUGCACUGUGCAUGCAGAAUUCUUGUUGGCUUUUGUCUCAGCGGUUUUCUUUUGUAUAGAAAGGAUUAAGUGGACGUGUUUCAGUGUGUGUGGGAAGUAAGAAAUUUACAAUUUUUUUAAUUUGCCCUUUUUCUUUUUGGUGGGUAAAGUUGGAAGUAUGUGUCCAUUAUACAAUUACUGAGUGAUUUUGAAUUGCGUUGGAUUAUUAAACUUGGUUUAUGUUGUUGGCUGUUUUAAUAAUUUUGCAGGUUUGAAAGUAGUA